CUACAUCUCUUCAUCUCACCUCCUUCACCCAUUAACCAUUAACCCAUUCCCACCAUCAAACCCACAACAUCCAACCCCUCGAACUCAACAACCCAAUCCAAACCCACCCCACCAACCACCACAAUGCCACCACACAUCCUCCUCCUCGGCGCCCACGGCAAAAUCGCCCUCCAACUCCUCCCCCUCCUCCUCACUCGCUCCUGGUCCGUAACGGCUCUAAUCCGCGACCCCUCCCAAACCGCCGCCAUCCUCGCCACUAAACCCCCCAGCGCGACCGGCACAUUGGACGUCCUCGUCGACUCCCUCGACGCCAUCCGCACCACCGCAGACGCCACGCGGGUCCUCGACAAAUCGCGCGCUGACUGGGUCGUCUGGGCCGCCGGUGCGGGGGGGAAGGGAGGCGCGGAUAGGACGAAUGCCGUGGAUCGGGAUGCGGCGAUUGCGUUUGCAAGGGCGGCGGCGGGGGAGGGGAGGGUGAAGAAGUUUCUGCUUAUUUCGGCGUUGAGCGUGAGGAGGCAUGCGGCGCCGUGGUGGAGUAAGGAGGCUGCGGAGAAGGUGAAGAAGGCGGCGGAUUCGUUGGCGGUUUAUUCGGCUGCUAAGUUGGAGGCGGAUGAGGUGUUGACUGUUGUUGGCGAGGAGAGGAGGAGGGAGGAUAAGGGGUUUAGUUAUAUUAUUUUGAGGCCGGGGACGUUGACGGAUGGGGAGGCGACGGGGAGGGUGGAGUUUGGGAGGACGGAGGGGCCGGGGAAGGUGGCUAGGGGGGAUGUGGCGGCGGUUGCGGCGGAGGUGUUGGGGAGGGAGGGGGCGAAUGGAUGGUACGAUCUGUUGGGGGGGGAGGGGAAGGUGGAGGAGGAGGUGGAGAGGGUGGUGAGGGAGGGGGUGGAUGCGAGGGAGGGGGAGAGUGUUGAGGAGAUGAAGGGGGCGCUGGAGAGGGCGAUUGCGAGGGAGGAGGUGAAAGCCUGA